UCUGAUUUUUUUAUAACUCACUGGCCAGCCUGAGGUUGUUAAUCAACCUCCACAGCCUUGCCAACGUCUCCUUAGUGUAGGUUCAUGCUUGUGGAGUUGGAAGAACUGCACCUAUAUUUCACAGAAACAUAAAGUUCUGCGGUCUCCUCUCUUCCUGGCAGUAUCUGCAAAGUGUUUCUUCUCUCUGUACUCCUAUCCGGUGCAUGCGCUUCUUAAGUGGCACUGCCAUGUCAGAAGUCCAACCAGAAUCCUGGUUCGGUUAUGGUACUUCCAGUAAUUUGUAAGUUUUAUCAAAGGCCCUUCUACGAAUCUCUUCACUUGCCUCAUGGCUGUGGUAUUGUUCCAACAGGUUUUGGACUCCAUUUUAAGAUGUGUGCUCUUUUGUGGCAAGAUGCUAAGCCAGUAGGGUUCAGGACCGAAAGAGUCCACGUUGGAUCGCUCUUUGGCCAUGUCAACCUUUUCCUCAAGGGCCCGAAUACACAGGGAACCAGGAUCAAAUCGUUAGUAUCGCUGGCUUCCACCAAGGACUCCAUGCAGUCUCUGUCUUCACCUCGCAUGAGACUGGGGCCUUUAGUACCGCCUGAUGGCUAUCUUCCCGGAAUGUAUUCUUAGCCUUUUUAUUUCCCUGGCGCACUGUUCAAUCGCUGUGAUUUCAGACUAGAAAAGUGUAGCAUAUAUGCAUACGUUUACCGUCAGUUCGGUCUUUGGUUUCAUCCUGAAGACGUUCACGUACCCUUGUCGGUUUUGAAGCCGUAACUAAAAUUAUUUAUUAUAGGUAGAAUUGAGUUCAAAAUCAGAUUUUAAAGAAAUUUACGAAAUGAUUUCACUAUGAAGUACAAAGUCUCUAUGUCGCUCACGCUAAAACGUCCCCCCACGUUUUUAUUACAUGUCAAUAUAUUAAAAAUAAUAAAGUGUUCGCUAAAAAUUUGCCUUGUUUAUUAUUGAAUGUAAAUUUGUCUCUAUCCGGCCGGGACUUUUUGAAAAACGCACACAUGGUCGAGAGAAUAUUUUUUCUCUCGUUUUUCAUCAUAUUCAUCCUAGCAGGGAUUGUUGGCGAGGUCUUGUUGAGGUUUCUGACGAGGAAUGGAAAAUCCCAAGACCAACAAAGUUGGGAGCAGGAGUGGGUCUGAGCGUUUCGACGAGUUCGCCGAGAAAGUGGCCGAAAAGAAUCGGGUCUACGCCAAGACUGACGUACUGCAGCGUCUCAUAACAGCCGCGUUGAAAAGCAAGAAGAAAGACGUCGACCUAAACGAGCUGAGAAGGAUGAUUGGGGAAGAAGACAAGGAAGCGGUGGGCGAAGCGGUGAAAGAGGCCGUCCUUAUGGGCCUGAUGGUCAAGAGGCAGAACCGCCUCCGGGUGAAGGAAGAGGUGGGCUGCCUCCUGGGCGAGAAACGCGGCCGACGACGCCUUCGGGGGAAUUCGAAACGUCCCAGGGCGCAACAAAGAGAAAAGAGACCGGCCGAGACCUGCGACGAACCGCCUGCUACGAAGGACGAUUGAAAAAUCAACCACAGAAAAAAAACAAAACAAAAAAACGUGAUAAUAAAGUAUUCCAACAAUCCAGCA